CAUUAUCACCUCUUCCCUUCCGUUACAAUAUUAUUCCUGGACGGAGAAGCAGAGCCGCACGCAGAGCUCCGGAGAAAAACUUUGAUAGCUCGAUUCUUGAGCUACAGUGAUCCAAAAAUCUCGUAAGUAAUGCCUAAUUCAUCUAUACAUCGUGAUUUAUAGAUUUAGAGCUUUAAAACGAGUUUUUGGUUCAGGAAUUUCUUGAAUUCCCGAUCUGCCAAAUUAGGGUUUCGGAGUUUCCGGAAGCCGGAUUGAGCCCAAAUUUCAUAUACGAGCUUCCUGCAGCGAGGUAAUCAAUCCUCUAGUUCUAAUCCCUGAAUUUCGGCUAUUAUUUAGGCCAGGGUCCAAACCGCUGAAUUUAGCUCCGGCCAGGGUUUGAUGUGUUUUUAUCGAGAAUUUGACCCGGAGCCCAGAACUAAUAUUGACGGGGAUACUGCAGGGGAUAUUAGGACGAUCUCGGAUUUUAAUUCGGGGUUCGUUCGUGAAAUUGACAUUUUAGUACGGGAAGGUUAAACCGGUGUUUGAACGACCAGAACUGGUGAGGGAUUAGCACGGCAUACCGGGUUUGUCGUAUCACGAUAAUUAUAUUGAUGCUUAGAAUUGACCUAGGUGAACUAGAAUGGCAUGAUUAGGGGUGUAUGGAUUUUUGUGCUAUAUGAUGAACCCUGGACUGUUGUAUGAUAUUAUUGACUUGCCCUAAUCGAUAUGAACUUUGUUUAUGUGGAUGAUUGCAUACAUGUUGCCAUUUGUGGCUUAACUGUUGAUAUGACUUCAUGGUUGUUCGAUAAGGGGUUUUGACAUGGCGUGAUAUUAUGGUUGUAUUUGGAUCCAUAAGUGGUGGAAUAAACUUCCCAAGGUGAUAUUAUGAUUUUUAAGGAGAAUGACUUGCACGAGGGUUUAUCCCGAGGAAGUGCAAUUAUACGACUCCUGAUUUACCUAUGUUGAGCCAAUUGUGGCCUGGUCAAGUACAUGUGCAAGUAACGAAUUAUGAUUAAGCAAGAUGAGACAUGAAUCAUGUAUAAGGAUACCAAAUAUGAGUGUUGUGGUCUCACGGUCAACUACAUAGUAAUUAGGGCUCCCUAUGCUAUUACUCUAUUAUGAUAUGUAUGAUAGUCACACCUCUCAUGUGGUGGUGACUGAAGAAUUCUUAUGAGAUAUGACCACACCCAGAGCGGUGUCGGGGUAUGACUACACCCAUAGUGGUGUGGGGUAUGUAUGACCACAUCCGACGGGAUGUUGGGGUAUGUAUGACUACAUCCGGCGGGAUGUGGGGUAUGUUUCCCGGGAGAGUUAUUAGUAUGGGAGUGGCCAGGUGCCUAUGAUAAAAACAUGAUAAGAUGCAUAUGCAUAAGUCAAGGUGGUUGAUUCUUUUGCCUAUUGGGAUGUCGGAGGGCUGAGAUCCGAUCCUAGUGCUUUGGCUUGUUUGCUAGAUGUAUGGUAGUGGUAUGCUAUGUUAUGAACUCACGAUGCUAUGAUUAUCUCACUCAGCUAUGAGCUGACCCUCUUUUAUUCUUCUUCUCUGCUUAUGCUAUGUGUAAGCAGAUCAUCAUCAGCAGCAGUAGAUAGGUGUAUAGGUGGGAGCUGAGCUAGAGUUGAAGCCAGGAUGAGGUAUGGUCUUCAACUAUUCUGUGCUUGGACUACUACUCGGGAUUUUGGCCAGUGAUCCACACCUUUUUGUAAAAAUGUUUUGAGAACGUUUUUCAUAUGCAUACUAGCUUCUGAUGUAGUGUGAGAUAUCCACAGGUGUGGAAAGUUAAUGAUAUGUGUAUAUUUAUGUGGUUGUGUAAGUUGUGACGAUUAUGGUAUGUAUAAGUUUGGUAUGCAGUUGUGUAGUAUGAAACUGUGACUAUGGCUAUGUAAGUCCAUGUAUAUGGUUUGAGUAUAUAUGUUUGUGAUGAAUUAUUUUGCAGGACAAGUUGCAAGAACUGUUAGCCCAUUACGCGAGUAAUUCAUGUCGAAAUUUUAUUUGGGUAAAUUUUCAUAAUUAAUGUAGCACCCGAGAUUAAUUCCGCUGCAAUUGUGUGAACAAUAUGAUUAGGCAAAACGUAUAGGGUAGGGUGUUACAGAAGAGGAGUUUGAAUCAUGGUGUGCUGCACUUUGGUUCAUGUGGCGGGAACGCAACGCACAAUUAUUUAAUGGACAGAAAAUGAAGGAGGAGGACAUCAUCCCCCGAUCAAAGCUUUUCCAUGAAGAUUAUCGUUCCCACCAAUCUCGGGCCGGAAUACUUUCGGAAGUUGAACAUCAAUCCAGAUGGAUCCCACCCACUGCGGGUCAGGUGAAAAUCAAUACGGAUGCGGCAAUCUUCCGUGAUGGAGGGAUUGGUAGCAAGAGGAUCAAACGGCCAGUUCUUGAUGGCUGCAAAUAAGAGGCUACGUGGAAGCUGGGUUGUGGAAGAAGCGGAAGCAAUUGCAGCAGAAUUCGGAGUGCAGCUCGUGAAACAACACAACCUGAUGAACCCCAUCUUGGAGACUGAUAGCCUUGGACUCGUUAGUAAGAUUGAUGAUGCAAAGCAGAUUGAGUCGGAAAUUGGAGUCGUGUGUCGAAGUAUCCGGCGAUAUCUUGAGGAGUCGGGCUUGGGAUCUUGGCAGCAUAUUCACCGCGAAGGCAAUAUGACACCGCAUUGUAUGGCUGAUUCGAAGUCGCGUUGGGACGAACGAGUAGUUUGGGUUGAUAGUCCUCCCUCCUUUUUGGUUAAUCAGUUAGUGUUGGAUAAUGUAGCCACUUAUACUGGUUAAUAAGAAGUUUCACAGAUUUCCAUAAAAUAAAAUAAAAACAGUUAAAUUAA